AUGGCCCAGCCCAUCGACGCGCUGCGGGACCUGGGCCCGCGGCGGACGCUGUUUGGUGCGGAGGCGCUGCCGCGGCUGCCCUCGUCGCAGAAGCGCGAGCCCCUGCGCGACCGCACGAAUACUACUCAGAAGUGGUCAUCAGAGAGGAAGAAGCGGCCGCCGAAGCCGAAGCACAAACCCAUGAAAAGGCCCGACACGGGCGCGGCGCCGCCGAAUUUGAGGAGGCGGCGCGUACGAAUAGCGACGAUCUCGCCGGAGUCGACCUUGGAAGCGCAGCACGUCGAGCUGAAGCAGCCGUCGCCGGCGCAGAAGAGAAGAGCGAGACGGAAAGCGAGGAAGCUCAACCGCCGGUCGAACGCGUGGGAUUUCGCGUCGCCCGACAUCGGGAAGAAGCUUGAUCCACAGACCGUGACGCCCUCGCCCGAAUUCGAGGGCACGCCGAACCGGCGGUCCAGGAGGGCGCCGCGGUCCGCGCCCUACUCGAAUUCCGGGAGGCACGACGGCGCCUUGGUAUUAACAUCACUCACGCCGGGCUCGGACGAGCGCCUCAAGCGCACACUAAGGCGCACGGCGGCCGUCGCGCCCGCCGCGACGCCCCACCAGCUGCCGCUGAUCAACGACGCCACGCCGAUCAUCAACGACACGCCCCAGACCGGGUCGAGUCCCGAGGAACUGACCAUCCUGGACCCGUCGCCCAUGCCCACUCCAAGAAGCCCGACCGUCGUCUCGCCGCAGACGUCGCCUUCAGUGUUAUCUGCGUCCGCCAAGGAGGCGUCGCCCGAGGUUGACGCGCUCUUCGAGCCGGCGAUGAUGCGCUGCGUGACGCGCACGAAGCUCCUCGAGUAUUUGGAGGAGGAUUGUGAGGAUACCGUGCGGCUCGAGGACGAUGACUGCGCCUCCACUGAGGAAGAUGAGGCCGAGCUGACCUUCCGCGGCGAGACGCCCUCGAACAACACCGACUGGAGCUGGCGUUAUGAUUUUAUGGAGGAGCAGGCGGCGCCCGACGACUCGGACGACGAUGACGACCGCGUCGCGAGUCCGCCCCUCAACAAGGCCGACGACGCGCUCGACGACAUGACGUCCGGUGACGACGACCCCUUCGCGGCGCCGCCGCCCCAGCUCGCGGCGACGUUUAAGGUGAACGCGCCGGUCAAGGUCUUUCCCUUGUUCUCUCAAUUUCCGUCGAACGCCCUCGGCAACCAGCGGUUACUACCGAUCGACGAGGACGCGCCGCUCCUCGUCGACGUCAACGGGGACCCUUUGUUGGAUGCGGACGCGGUCUCGCGCGAGACGGCGCGGCGGCGGUCGCUGCCGCCCGGCUCGCCGGCGCGGCCCCAGUUCCGGCGGCGGGCCGCGGCGCUGCGGCGGCGGAGCGUCUGACGGCCCUUUAACUUGACCAUAAUUAGAGAAUUCUUCCACCGCGGCCGCCGGCCGUUCGAACGAUCGGCUCCUCCGAGAAAUUAGCGCGUGGCUUGGGAGGCUUGGGAGGCGUGGUCGAAACUCGCAAAAGUACCAGCCCACGCAGCCGGCGACGAACUAGGACGCGCUGCGCUCCUCCCCCACUCUUCGCUGGCAGCGAGCCCACUAGCCUGGAAACUCGCGUCUGGAACUCACACGCCGACUCGUUGGUUCUAUGAAACCAGCGGCGUGCGACGCGAGGGCUGCAUCGGGCAGCCCGCGGCCGCCGCAGCGGCCUACCGCCACGCCCGCGGGCAGCGCGCCGGCGCCGCAGCGGCCCGCCACGGCGCCAGCCAUGUCGCAGGACGCGCGGCUCACCGAUUGCUUGAGGACGCACGUCCUCGGCUGGCACAGCUUCGCCUACUCCGCGGACCCGCGCCGCAGCACGCUGCAAGACGCGGCGACGGAGGUGCGCGAGAGCUGCCUGAGGGACUGCGCGCGCGUCUGCCGGAGCUGGCGCGGCUUCGUCUCUCCUAUACUGGCCCGCGAGCGGCGGCGGUUCGUGGACGAGACGCAUUUACUAAGGGACGCCCGCGUGCACCCGCUCGUCAACGGCGUCCAUUUGGCGCCCUGCGCUUUCCAGGCGACUGCCGCCGCCGCGAAGCGCUUCGCGCGGUUGCCCUUCAAGGACGGCGACGUGGUGCUUAUUGAUUGUGCGGUACUACAAAAGGCGACGCAACGGCUCGCCGCGGCGCACCCGAGCCAUCCGGUGUUGCAACGCGCCGCGCGCGCCACGGCGGUCCUAUUCAGCAAGCUCCCGCGGUGCCGGAUGCGCAUUUAUCAAUGCCACGCCGUCGGCGUGCCCCGCGGGCUUGAGCAAGCGCGGGGCCCUGGCGGCCUCGUCCUCAUUGAAAUAGGGGCGCCUCCACGAGUCUGCCCGGUCGAGGCGUCUCCUUCCGAGGAUAUGCUCCACCACGAUACCCUCGAGCUGGACGAGCAGAUACCAAUGGCCGCGGCCGCGCUGCCGCUCUUUCCCCCGUCUCCCGCGGGCUGGCGCUUCUCGCUGCCGCUGCCUCUGUUAGAACCCGGCGUCCUCCGCCGAGUCGUACCGUGCACGUAUCGCCCCGUCGCGCGGAGCCGCUGGCCCUUCGCGUUUGGGUCACUCAAAGGGAGACGGCAGCUCCCCCUCGGCGUCGUGGCGACGCGGACGGCGCGGGGCGCGGGGCAAUUGCUCGUCGUGCGGGACGCGAAGAGUGGAAAAUCGGCGACGGGCGACGCGGCGACCUGGGGCAUGGAGGCCUGGGCGCGCGGCGAGUUGGUGCUCGGCGCGCACGACGCGUCGCCUGAAGCAGCGCCGGCGGCGCUGGGGCACCUCGUCCUCGAGCCCGCCCCGGACCUGGACGAGCUCGAGGGGCGGCUCGCGCCGGCGUUUCACGCGUAGACGCCAUCGGUGCCAUGCGCCGGCGUUCGCCGCCUAACGCCAUCGCCGCGAUGCGCCGGCGUUCGCCGCCUAGAUGCCAUCGCCGCGAUGCGCCGGCGUUCGCCGCCUAGAUGCCAUCGCCGCGAUGCGCCGGCCGGCGUUCGCCCGCGUUCGCCGCCUAGACGCCGUCGCCGCGGCCCUAGAGCCGCGCCCCCCCCAUAA